UACACAGUACGCACAUAUACAUACGUGAGAAAAUAAUACGUAGGUAGUGAAUUUACUUUACGUGAAUGUUCUAGCUAGCUUAUUGGAUUCAUUGUAAUUUUGUGGUGCGAGUGUUUUUAGAAACUGAGAGUUUUAAACACACUAGUUCGGAGAAAAUGGCAGAUACAGCAAAUGCUACACCUACUAAUAAUUCGGUACACAAGACGGAUUGGGCUGCUUUGAAGCAACAUGUGAUUGAUAAUAAGAUCAAUUUUGGAUUAUGGCUUACAAGACUAUUCACUAUUAUAUUUACUAUUGGUUAUAUCAUUCCUAUAUUUGGCAAUUCUUAUAAUCUUUACUAUAAGGCUUUAAUGAGUAAUGCCGCAACCAGUGCGUUACGUCUUCAUCAAAGGAUACCACGUGUUCAAUUUAACAGACAAUUCUUGGAACAUUUGCUACUUGAAGAUUCCUUCCAUUAUAUAUUUUAUUCUUUAAUAUUCUUAUAUGCAGCACCUAUGACAUUGGUGUUAACUCCUAUAUUUUUGUUUGGACUGAUGCAUUUCGCUAGCUAUUCUUUCGUGCUGCUAGAUUGCCUAGGACAAAACAGUUGGUGGGGAGCACGUCUUUUAAUAUCCUUGGUGGAAUUUCAAUCACGAGUAAUUUUGCGCUUUUGUGCUCUAGCUGAGAUAAUUAUCUUGCCAUUCACAGUUCUUCUCGUGUUUAUGGGACGUGCUGGUUUAUUGACGCCAUUUAUUUACUUCCAAUUCUUGAAGUUCCGCCUUGCGUCCCAGAGAAAUCCAUUUACGCGCAAUGUGUUCUAUGAGAUCAGAAAUGCGUUGAGCUCAAUUUCAAGAAAGCCGACGGUCCCAGUUAUAGUGCGACGAAUUAUUGAAGGAUUGUUGUCACUUACACAACAGAUGGCUCCUGUUCGUCAGUAAUUUCUCGUGUUAGAGAUAUAUUGAAUUAUCAGAACAGAUUUCCUAGAAGUCUAGGGUCCAUACGUAAUACGUAAUAAUUUCAUACAAUCGAGUAACAGGACAAAUGCAAAUGUAAAAGAAUUAUAAUUUUUCGUUUCAAAUGUAUAUGGGAAGAAUCAAAUAAGUUUUCUCGAUGAACACCUAGUGCUCGUUUCUGUAACGAUUUCGGAACUAUUGCAUACAAUGUUAGUAAAGUUAGGUUUAGAAUUUAUUCACCACGAAUCAGAAUAUUAAUAUAAAUUGAUGAACUAGAUUUUUAAUACUCUGUGGCAGGCAUAAUAUCAAUUUACAAGAUUUUUACUUAGAACUUUAAAUCAUUCUGAAUGAGUACAUAGUAUUAACUUACAAUCAAUAUUAGUAACAUUUAUUUUGUUCCGGUUUUCUUUCAUUUUAUUAAAUAAUAAUUAUGUAUUGAAUAAGAACAAAUUGAUAUCGUUACACACAGUGAAGAGGAUAAUGAAUGUAAUUCACGCUAUGACAUGUAUAGAGUAUUCAUAAAAGAAUGGUACACAGAUAAA